AUGCUGGAAGCCCUCCGUUGGCUGGCACAGGGGAAUGCCGUUCGUCGUGAAUCGGCGAGCCACGCACCGAGUCAGCCAAUACAUGAGGGAGAGGUUCCGGCUCGACACAGCCCAACGGACAAUAGACAAGACCCUUCCCAGUAUCCGGCUGUGCACACAGCUGAGAGGACUGGGCUCAAUAUGCUUACUCGAGCCGAAAAGUCCACUGGCGAAUGUGCGAGUACCGAACGCACCCCUCCGGCUAAUUUGCGUAUCCCGAGCCAUCAAUUGCUCAUAGCACCUCUUCUGAAGCCGUUUCUCCUCCGACCGAUUCUCCCUAAGGCUCUCGCAAAAGACCAGUUCGAGGUCUUUGCUAAGCUCAUUGGCAUGAUCUAA